AGGAUGCGUUUUGCAGACGUCAGUUUGUGGUGUAAAUUCUAAAUCGAUCGUUGAUCGUGGAUAUUCCCUUCGUAUUGUAUCAUUGAUUUUUAAUAUAAGAUGUCAUUCGAGGAACCGCUUGUGGUGGAUACAGUGCACUUGUAUGAGAAGGAGAAUGCUGAAGCCCAUCACACUUUCAACUUUGAGAUGGUUCAUCAGGAUCCGGCGAUCCCGGUCCUCCGACGCGGACAGCCCUUUAAUAUGGCUCUGAGAUUUAACCGCGAAUACGUAGAUGAGACCGACAUCGUCCGGCUACUCUUCAGUUUCGGUCCGAAUCCAAACGUAUUAAGAGGUACCAGGGGGGUGAACACGGUGACCAACAAUGAUGCCUUCGUGACUGAUCUGGAAGCUUGGGGGGUACGAUUGAUCAGCUCUCAUGGGAUGGAUCUUUCCGUCGAGGUCAGGAGCCCGAUCGAUAGUCCCAUCGGAGUAUGGCAAUUGAACGUAGAAACCAACACCCUGGGCAGAAAGAAAGCGCCGAAUACUUAUAGUUAUGACAAGGAUAUCUAUCUAUUGUUCAAUCCAUGGAUGAAAGAGGAUUUGGUGUUUAUGGAAGACGAGCAAUUGCUCGAUGAAUACAUCCUCAACGACGUCGGGAAGAUAUGGGUAGGUCCAUGGGGUAGUUCUCGCGGCAGAGAAUGGGUUUUUGGGCAGUUUGAUGCAUGCAUACUUCCAGCUUGUCAGCUGUUGCUAGAGAGAUCCGGUAUUAAGGCGAUUUCCAGAGGCGACCCGGUCAGGAUGACUCGAGCAAUCUCCAGAAUCAUAAAUUCCAACGACGAUAAGGGUGUAAUAACCGGUCGCUGGGACGGUCAGUACGAAGAUGGUACCGCGCCGGCUGCCUGGACCGGAAGCGUGCCUAUCCUAGAGCAAUUCUGGGAGACCGGCAGUGAGGUCAAAUACGGUCAAUGUUGGGUCUUUGCCGGUGUCGUGACCACGGUGUGUCGCGCCCUGGGGAUCCCGUCGCGAGUGGUGUCCAACUUGGUGUCGGCUCACGACGCCAACGCUUCAUUGUCGGUAGAUCGUUAUUAUGAUCUGAAUAACGAGGAACUCGAGUACGAUCCCAACAACCCGGUGGGCGAGGAUUCCAUUUGGAACUAUCAUGUAUGGAACGACGUAUGGAUGGCGAGACCAGAUCUACCCAAGGGUUACGGAGGCUGGCAGGCCAUCGAUGCCACUCCGCAGGAACAAUCGGACAACUUUUAUCAAUGCGGACCAGCGUCGGUGGAGGCUAUCAAGGAAGGCGCCGUGGGUUAUAACUAUGAUGUGACCUUUAUGGUAGCAUCCGUGAACGCGGAUCUGAUGAGAUGGAAGGAAGAUCCGGAGAGCGAUCUGGGAUACUCCAAGAUCGAUUGCAAUAAAUAUCACAUCGGCCGAAUGAUCCUGACGAAGGCGCCGUGGAUUUUUGAUCCCAAUGGAGACAAAGACAGACAGGACAUAACGUCGAUCUACAAGGCCAAGGAAGGUACCGAAGUUGAGAGAUUGACCUUGUACAGGGCGGUGCGCAGCACCGAGAUGGCGAAGAGGUUCUACUCGCUGCCAUCGCCGGGCAAGGAAGACGUCGAGUUCGAUCUCGUCGAGCUCGAACGCGUCAACAUCGGCGAGCCAUUUGCUGUAACCGUGAACAUAAAAAACAAGUCCAAUGAGGCACGUACUAUCCAGGCCAUCCUAUCUGCCGGCAGCGUUUACUAUACCGGAGUUAAAGCGAAUCUUGUGAAGAGAGCGUCCGGCGACUUUGCGCUUCAACCGAACGCCGUUGAACAGUUAAGACUUUCGGUGACGGUGAACGAUUACUUAGACAAAUUGGUGGAGUACUGCAUCAUGAAGCUGUAUUGCAUCGCUACAGUCAAGGAAACUCGGCAAACCUGGGCGGACGAGGAUGAUUUUCAGGUCUUAAAGCCGAAUAUCAAUGUCAAGAUCGAAGGUGAACCAGUUGUCGGACAACCAUCAACCAUCAUACUAAACUUUAAAAAUCCAUUGAAGAGAAGUUUGACCAACUGCCAGUUUAAUUAUGCCGGACCUGGUCUCUCCAGGAACAAGACUCUAGCCUUCAGAGAUGUUGAACCUGAAGAGGACGUUUACGUAGAACAUCAGCUUGUACCGCAAAAACCUGGAGAGCAGAAAAUAAUUGCUACUUUCACCUCCAAGGAAUUAGUCGACAUCACCGGUUCUGCAACUGUUGACGUCCUUGAGGCUGAAUAAAUAAUGAUCAGUCAAGUUCGACCUUAAUUUAAAGUAUCAUGCUGAUAUCCGAGUGCAUUUUAUCAAAUCGCGAUGCAAAUAUUUUUUACUCUCCAAGUAUUAUAUGUUUCAUUGAUAUUUCUCACAAGUCCGUCAUAUAAGCAAUUUGCAUUAAUCAAUUUCAAAUAUUAUCUGUAGUAUUAAUAUAUCAAUAAUAGAUUAAGCGUCAAUGAAAGUAAUAUGUGAUGGAAAAGCCAAUGAGAAAUUAGUAUUUCAAAAGUGAAGGACAUAAAAUACAUAGCGUAUCGAAAUAAAUGAUAUAAUUUUUUCAUA